AUGGCGCAGCCGGACUAUGUCGAGGGGAGGCUGCUUGAUGGCUUCUUGCUGCUAGCAGCCGGGGGAUCUGGACAACCCGAGGGAGUGAUCACGGUGAACCUCUCAUCUCUGCAAAUCGUGGACAUAGCAGAGGAGGACCUCUCCUUCUUCAACAACCUGGACCGGGUGGACCUCAGCGACAACCAGCUGGGCUAUGAGCACCUCCUCGAACAGAUCACGCGGCUCCCGCGCUUGGGCACACUCAACCUCGCCUGCAACUCCAUCAGCUCCCUCCAGGUGGGAGCUGGGAUUCUCCAGAGCUUGGAGGUCCUGGACCUGUCUUUCAACGGCUUGCAUGGCGACGUUCUCGGCCAGCUAGCCAGGCUGCCGAGCUUGGUGUGGCUCAACUUGGCCUCAAACUGCAUCUCCUCCCUGCCACCAGAAGCGGAGCUCGUGGGCCUGCAGGCACUGGAGGAGCUCAUCCUCGACUCGAACGAUCUUGUGCAAUUCAUGCAGUGGCGGUCGCUGGACGCCGUCCCGCAUUUGCGCAAGCUGUCCUUGAUGUCGAACCGCGUCAAGCGCUUGAAGGACGAUGCGCCGGACACCGCCAGCGGGACGACGCUCUGCUACUUCCCCUACCUUCAGGAGCUGGAUCUGUCUUCAAAUGAGAUCACAGGUGUGUCCAGCCUGCCUGUCAUCCAACUCUUUCAGAGCCUGAGAGUUCUCCGCCUCACCGACAACCCAUGCACGAGAGGGAACGCAACGAUUCCUUCCGUUCCGAGCGUUGCCAUCGUUUGCGAGGACAUCAAGCCCUUCUACAUGAAGGGCAAUGGUUGCUUUGCCAAGGCCGAGAAGAUUCCGGGCAUGAAGCUGAAGAUGGACAGCCGGAAGAUGAAGAAAGUGAGGGAUGUCCGCACCCACGGCGUGUUCAGCCGCCCAAGGAGCAUGUCUCAACUGGGCCUCCUCGAUGAGGAUGCCAAUGCCCUGGUGGUUCAUUGGCCAGGCGCAAUGUCUGUGAACGCACGAGCUAUGUCCGCCCCUGCAGCCACUGCGGCGGUGCCCGCAGCAGAGCACAUGGGCACAUCGCAGAGCAAGAUGCUCACCAAGAGCAACCAAGAAGACAGCUCCAAAUCAACCACAAGCAUCUCCGAUGGCGGACUGGCAGCAAUUGUUUUGUUCGUCUCGGGCAUCCUGAGUGACGACCUCACGGAGGAGGAGCUGGAUCAGAUCUUCCGGGAGCGCAAGCAGACCAUAGAAAACAGGUUCGAGCAGCCCGUGGCCGAGCCCACGUCCUUUAUGAAGGAACCCCAGGAUGCUGCCACCAAGGAGGGGCUUUAA